AUGGCGGAAGGUAUUAAAGAAGCAAGGAAAAGAGGAGGUCGUUAUUGUGUCGCUGGAGCGCCAAAUGAUGUUAGUUGUACUAACUCGACAUUCACAAAUGGAAUACGGAUGCAUCAGUUCCCAGCUAAUCCGGUCGUAAGACGCCAACAGGUUAAAUUUUUACAGCGCCAUCGGCAUGACUUUUGCGAACCACUGAGCAAAUACACCUCACUUUGCUCAGCACAUUUCGAGUCAAGUUGCUACGAAAGGAAAUAUAUUGGCCUGCUCAUUUCGGAAAGCAAAAUGCAGUUUAUCUUGCGCAAAGGUGCUGUCCCAACCAUCGACUCUGUAUUGUCGGAAAGAGAAGAAAUCCUUAUACUGAACGCGAUAAAAGACAGGUAAGUCUAGUAUAUAGUUUGUGAAUUAAUAGUUAUUUUGUGCGUAGAUACAUGCAUAUGGGCCGCGACAAAAGACAGGUAAUUCUAGUAUAUAGUUCGUGAAUUAAUAGUUAUUUUGUGCGUAGAUCAGGGGCGGAUCCAGACCGAUGCCAACGAUGCGAAUGCAUCGGUCAAAAUCAUAGGCUGCCCAAAAGUGCGUGUUGAAAUUUUUACCCUCGCGCGUGGCGCUCGGUCAUGCAUCGUGUCUACUCAGUUUAUUAUUAUGUCAUAAUAAUAAAGGAUAAUAAACUGAGUAGACUCGAUGAAUGCCCGAGCGCCACGCGCGAGGGUAAAAAUUUCAACACGCACUUUUGGGCAGCCUAUGGUCAAAAUUGAGAAAUCAUGUUGCUUGAAAUAAUAUGUCGUCAAUACUUAGUCAAGCACUCAGUAAUAGAAUAUCUUUGAAUCUCUCCAGCUAUCAAACCGCAACUAUUUGCUUAAACUUGACUCCAUGUGACUGUCCAUGUCGGGAAUACACUAUUUAGGAUGAAAUCCAAUUUAAAUUGUCUCAAUAACAGUCGAAAUUGUCAAAAUAAGUCCAAUAUGCGACGUGCGAUCGCAAAAGUAUUUUCUGUUGUUUACUUUUUAUUUUGCGACACUUAAGCGUGAAUAAUUUCGCGACAAAAUAUAAUAUUUUUUACCGCAUCCUUUGACGUCACAAUAGAAAGCUGAUGCAUCACCUACGUCACGGUAGAUUUUGUUUGCAUCGAUUUUCAGCCAUUUUGCAUCAGUAAAUGCAUCGGUCCCGAGUCCUUUUCCGCGUAAAAUCUACUGUGACAUCAUCAAAUCUAUUGUUUUAGAGCCCUACGUCACGGUAGAUUAGUCCGCUGAGCGAUGCAUCGCAUGCAGAUUGCGGGCGCUCGCAUCAGUUCACUGAUGCAAAUUUCAAAAUCAAAAUCUACUGUGACGUAACGAGGCAUUCGAUUCAAGUCAUGGCGGCAAGGAUAUGCAAACACUAUAUGCAAAUGAACAAAAUUCAACAAAUAAUGCGAAGAAAUAUCCCUCGAAUAUGAUGGAGAGCAAUUAAGUUACAGUCGAAUUAAUUACCGAGGUUUGGAAUGAAUUUGAUCUUUCAACUGAGCAGUGAGCACAAGAAUUGAAGUAUAUUUAUACUGUGAGAAUGUGAGAUGCCCACUACGGCCACUAGGGCUCUAAAGUAAGUGGAAUUUAUGUAUAUUUUACAUUGUAGUACAUUGUUAAUUGUUCAGUUCAAUGUAGAUUUGUAUGUAUUAACAUAAUAAUUCAAGUUUGUGUCUAUUUGAUACUGCUGUUCAUACCAGGAGGGGGGGGUUGUUGGGGGGGGGGAUGAGGUAGUUUGACAUUUUAGACAUUUUACAGUCUUUACAGAGAUUUGUUUGUCUGGAGGCAAACCAGCCCCAUUACCAAACUUGACAGCUUGCUUUACUGAGGCAAAUUUCAUCUCUGUUUACAUGGGAUUUAUAUAACCUGUGCCCAUGCAGACCUUCAUUUUUCUCACAGCUGGCAGGCAAAGAAAAAUGAAGACCUGAUAAAGUCACAUGUUAUUAAAUGUUUGUGUCCUACAACUGCUUUUAUGGUUGUAACUCUGAUUGCCGACUACUUCUAGCAUUGCCAUAUUUAAUGUAUUUUUUUGAUAUUUUGGUUAGUGCUAUAUAUAAUUAAAUAAUGAUAGAUUAAAUAGUGAUUGUAACUAUAUGUAGCUUGUUGUUAAAUUAUGUGAAAUAAUUUGACAUUUCGCCUGGCACAUUUUGAUUGGAUACCGGUACUAAAAAUAAAACUUUGGUGUGGGUCAAGACUUGCAUCAGGCUCUGUACAGUAUGUAAUUACAAUGCAUAAUAAUAUUGCAGGUUAAUUAACCCAUUGAGUCCCAUUGCACCCUGAUGCACCCUACUUUAGUAUUUUACUCUGUCUAACGCCAGACGAUUUUACUCGUCAAGGGGAGAGCGCUGGCGCUUAAUGGGUUAAUGAGCUGGAUUUCUAAUAGUGAUGCAAUAUUGGUUAGAAAACAUUACAUUUCAUUUUAUAUGGAAAUGAGCUGGCGUGCCUCAUGACAAGAGUAUAAUUGCUUUGCAUUGCCUGAGUUAUUGGGCAAUUAAUGUACACUGGAUAUUUUGCAAACAAAGAUCAUUACCUGGGCUUGCUCGCCUACCAUAGUUUGGUACAUAUGCUUUGUCGGUGCAAAUAUAAUUUGAUAUUUAAGCUGUAUAUGUCAUUCUGUUGACAAAUUUUAAUCUUAGAAUGAUAAAAUGAUGGACGUUAUAAAUACUGUAUAUAACUGCAUGUAACUGGUGUAUAUAGGUUAUAAUUAUGAAAUUUGCUCACAAAAGUGGUAUAGAUUUAAUUAAAUUAUAUAUAUUUGUAGUGCUUAAUUCUCUCAAUACUAUGUUUUGGAUAGCCAGCAUGGCUCUCUGAGGAUUACCAUUGAUAAGUGUACGGAUAUAUUUGACGAAGAUGUGCAUUUAUAUAGUAACACAGGGAAAAUAUUGAUCAAUACUACUGCGCAGCCUUUCUACAUUGACAUCAUCUUAAAAGAGUACUAUAUUAAUAUAUUAGUUGAAAGGCAGGCAAAAGGGGACUGAUAGAAGACAUCUGAUGAUUCAAUUAUGUCAUCAUAUAUUGUUUAUCAUUGUACAGUUUGGUAGGUUCAUUUGACAAACAAUUUUCAACUAAGAUAGUUCAUUAAAUCAAUUUACACACAGUAUCACUAUAUAUAUAUAUAUCUAUUGAUUUAAAGUUUGGGGUCAUGUGUACCUAUAGUUAUACUUAUAGAAUUUUAAAACUCAGUGCUUGUUGUGUGUUAGUUUUACUGGUUUCCUGGUGACAGGGCAAUAUUCUCAGUAAUUUAGAGUGUGGGCUAGUCACCAUGCAAAUAUGCAAUUCACAUCAAAGGCAUCUAUUGCUAGGGGUGAAUAAAGUUGACAUACUGAUGCCAACAACACUGUCCAUACAGAGUAAGGUUAGCAGCAUAAGACAGAGUUGUAUAUAAAUAAGUUUACCAACUAGAGCACAAAAUACCUUUAUGCACCAUUCUAAUGCUAAAAAAUUUACUCAUGGAACAUUGCAAAUUAGUGGAAAUGAAUAAGCCUCAGGGAAGGUGGUUAAGAAACCUAAUAACAUUGUCUUUUAAGUCCAACAUUGCAACUAGUGGAUCACACUGUAUACACCUUUGUUACACGUAUGUGUGUAUUUGCGUUGUCGUGAUUUUUUGCCGAAAUGUUUUUCAAUAGAAAAGUUAAGGCUACAAGAAGCACAGUAGUAAGUACUGACUAUUUUUUAAUAGAGACUUAUGCACCGCUGCUGCUAUUACAAUUGUACAAGCAAAUAUUUUUUCUUAUAUGGAAAAAUUAUGGUGUUUUUGCAAUAUAUAGGUUCAAGUUUUUUACGUGCUUUCCAAAAAUGCAGCAAAUAAAUUUGUGACUCUGAUGUAUGAAUUGGAACAAAAGAGUUUGCUCAGAACGCAGGAAAUCGCAUUUCCGAGGUUCUAGAUUUCAAAAUUUCCCGGGGGAGGAUACCCCCCGACCCCCCGACAAAUGCGAGUUCUUAUGUAUGCAUCAGUCAGUUCAGGAGCUGGAUCCAUCCCUGGCGUAGAUACAUGUAUAUGGGCAAUGCAAUGGGCAUGAAUCGCAUUUAUAUGAUAAUUUGAUAUUCAAAUAGGAUUUGGCAAAUAUGCAUAUAUCAACAUAUUUUAAUACUAACAUACCGACACCGUUUUAUCAAACGAGAAUUUCAGACUGGUUUAAUUUUGCUUUAUUGUAGUUUCAUCAUCGUUUAUAUAGACAUAGUUUUUGUAAAUAAACAAAAAAUUUAGACUAUAUAAAACACUAUACUGUAAACCAAUUAUUCGACGAACUGAUAUGUAAAUUACAAUUGACAUAUAGUCAAGACUUUGGCGUUUUUAUGUAGUACAAACGAGAUGCUUUGUCUUUGGCUGAACUAGCAAAGAAGAAAGUAAAGAAAUCUGUAGAACCAGCAGUCGAAUCAUCUGUAGAACCAGCAGUCCAAUCAUCUUUAGAACCAGUAGUCGAGUGCCCUUUGCCCUCCCAGGAAACAGAAGCAUGUCAACAAAUGCCCCAGGAAGAUUUGGAAACAACAGAGGUAGCACCAGAAACCUUUGGCUCUGCAGACGAAAGCAUGUCACCAUCCACAUCCACUUUGAUCCAGGCUACAUCCACACCACUUACCAGUAUAUGCAGUCCUAAUUGUCCCUGCAAAUUGAAAUUGGCAAGUGCAAAUAGAACUAAGCAUCGUUUGAAAAGAAAAGUCGACGAACUAAAACAAACUGUGAAGAUGUUGAAAACUCAGGUAACAGCAUGUACCAAGAUUUUCAUUAUAUGUAUACAGUAUGCACAGGAUUAAAACCCCUAUUAGUUUGUAUAUACCUGUGUGCUGGUACCAUAAUUUCUGUAUUAAGGGGGCUUAUUUUUUCCAAGCAUCAUUGAGGGUGGGGGGAUUAGAGAGGGGGCUUAUACGAGAGGGGCUAUACAUGUACAGAAAUUAUGGUACUGGCUACACAUGUAAUAAUUAGAACCAACUCAAGGAAUAUUUUUUAUUUUUAACAGCAGGAAAAUGAGUGGGAUGAAAUUCAGUUGUGUGACGAGAAGCUUAAUGGAAAACAAUCGUCAGAAUAUGUAUGGACAACACUCCUGAUUCAGAUCAAGAAAGUGAACAUUGCUUGGAUGAUGAUGAUUUUUGCUAUGAGAGUGAUAUUGUUGGAGAUGAAACUGAGGAUUCUGAUGAAUCAGAUGAGGGAAAGAAUGAAAGCAAUGUCAAGUAAGAAUUUCAACAAAAAUAGGCCACAUUAACCCAUAGCUGGCAAUGCACCCAAAUGUACCUUGCUUUAGUAAUACUCUGUCUAACACCAGGGAUUUUAUUUGUUAGUGGUAGAUUACUGCUAGUAAAUAGGUUUAUAAAAUUGCAGCAGUGUUGUCUUGUUGGAUCUAGCAACUAAUAUAAGCUUUUUUAAGGGCUGCUGGGUGAGCAGAAGAGUGCACAUGCUUCCAUGGAUGUGCACCUACUGUAAUUAAUUGAUUAAUUAGUUAAAAACUCUAAUUUAAAUUUAUGUGGUUUUUUAGGGUUGAUCCUAAUACUCCAGCAUAUGACGAACCCAAGUUUAUUGUUUUCUACACUAUGCUUAUUUUUCCCCUUUUUUGUUUCAACUGUAAAGAAGGAAAGCCUCAAGUGAUGGUAAAGCAGAAUGGGACCAUG